GAAUAAAAUUAGUCGAUAAAAAUAUUAAAUUUAAGGAUUUGGGACACAGAGGGCAGAAGAGAGAUAGAUAGAGAGAGAGAGAAGGAAGCAAAAGAAGAUGUCGCUGAGAUUACUUCACCUUCUUCCCCAAAACACCUGCUUUCCUCGGAAUCUCGAAUAUCAACAGCAAAGGUUGACCCGGCCCGUAACCCGAAUUCAGUGCGCAAGGAGAGACGAUGAAGACGACGAAAUCAUCAGCAACAUGCGGCUAAGGAGGCCCAAGAGGAAGAAGAAGAUUAUGAGCGAUUCGGAGCUGGCUAAAGAUUUGGCUAGAGAAAUCGGGAAAGCGAACACAGCCUCGGAACAGAGACGAGAAGCGAUGAAGAAGAGCGGUGAGAUUCUUUGGGGAGAGUUUUGUAAGCAUAUGGGUUUGAAAGAAGAUGAGAUGAGGAUCAAAUGGAGGAAGAUUGAAGAAGAAGAAGAGAGAUUGAGUCUGGUUAGAGAGUUUGUGGAUGAAUGGGCUGGAGAUUUUCAGCCUUUAUCUGUUAGAUCUGUUAAAGAAAUGGUCGAACUUGAGUGUUUUGGUUCUGACAAAACAAUCGAUCCUUCUUCUUCUUCUCCUUCUAUGUCUUCGUUUUCAGGGUUGUUUCCUGGAUUGAAGAGAAUCAUUGGUUUUGAGUAGAAAGAUUCUCCUUAAAUGUUCUGUUUUGUAAUCUAUGUUUUCGUUUGUCUGAUCAGUUUCGUUAAGGCAUUUCAUAGUACAUUUGUGCUUGAGCUAAGAAUAAGACUGCUGAUACUGCAACAUGUUGUUAGAUUUAUGAAACCAAAUCUUUGUUAUGUGAUAUACAAAACAGAGAGAAUUGGUGAUUGGUGAUGAA